ACAACGUAUCGAAAAGACUAGUUCGUUGACCUGACGGAUGACGCACGUGGGAUACAUGAAGAAAUUACGUUAUUUCUCACAUAUUGUUAACUGAUCAAAAUUAGUUAAUUGCAGUGUGUCAUCAUUUGAAAAUGACUCAACCAAAUACGUGACUAUCUGAUGGUUAUUGUUGUGAUAUUUUACUGAAUAAUAAUUAUAAGUUAUGCAGGUGUAGUGACCAUCAUCGCUACCACCAUCAACUCUGCUCUGUUUGUUUGGCUUGGACGACCGAUCAUGUCUUGUUUACCUCGAGAAAUGCAACGGGCAAAGCCAAAGAUGGCGGGAUUUCGGAACGAUGCGAAACGUUUAUUUCCAUUACAGGACAUACAGGCUGUUGUUAAAUUAUUUCGUUCAGAACUUACUACCGAUGAUCAUGAACCUAAUCUGGCAAUGCUAUCUUUAAUUGCAGGCAUAGUGGAAAAUGCGCUUACGAGUAAUCGCGCCAACAAUACGGUGAUGAUGGGAGGCGUGGACGAGUCUCGCACGCUUGAGACAAUCUUCCCCGUCAUACAAUUAUCCUAUGUGGAGGCCUUCCUCGCUAAGUUUGAAUCUCAAAUCAAAGGUUCGGUAGAUUUAAGUGAGCACAAAUCUCAAUUUGCUACCAGAGAUAUGGUAAAGAAAAUAUCAGAUGUUGUCUGGAGUUCAUUGUCACGAGGACAUUAUAAAGAUAAAGCUCAUUUGCAAACUAUAUUCAGUUAUUUGACAGGUAACCGUUUAGAUUGCUUUGGUGUAGCGUUUGCCGUGGUUGCAGCAUGUCAGAUACUCGGUUUUGACGAUGUUCAUUUGGCACUCUCUGAAGACCAUGCAUGGGUCAUAUUCGGUGAGGAUGGUAAAGAAACAGCUGAAGUCACAUGGCAUGGUAAAGGCAAUGAGGACAAGCGAGGGCAGCCUAUUAAUGCAGGAGUUGCUGAUCAAAGUUGGUUGUACUUAAAUGGAUACCCAGUGAUUUGCACGAGA